UAAGGUUAAAAAAUUGUUUGUGUUCUAUUUCGUAUAUUAUUUUUCUUUUAGUCUGGUGAAAGGUGAUAAAUACUUUGAUAUGUCAGACACUGCAGAUGAAGAAGACAGUCGAGAAACUUGUAAAUACGGGUCAUUAUGUUAUCAGAAGAAUCCUAAGCACCAUGAAAAAUUUAAGCAUCCCUAUAAAAUUGCUAAAGUAAGAGGUUCUCUCGAGAAUGAUGAUCUGCCAAAAAAUAAGAAAGGUAAAUAUGAAAAUAAUGCUGAAAUUAAAGAUAGUACUUCGAGUUUAAACAAUGUAAAAGCUCCUGAAACUGAAAUUUACAAAGAUGUUAUAAGAGAUAAAUUUUUAAUCAAUAUGCCAAUCGACUUUUUUGAUUUUUGGAACUUCUGUAAAGAUUUAAAUGCCAGUAAUCCAUUAAAUGCAUUACAAGAUAUUGAUUUAGUCUUGGUAGGUCCAUAUGAUGUACUUUUCGGAAAAUUCGAGAAUGUAAAUUUAACAAAUGAGGAUUACUUAAAACAUUGGCGAUAUUUCUAUGAUCCUCCAGAAUUAGUGACUGUUCUUGCUGAUGAAAAAACAGGUUAUCAUAUAGGAUAUUUCCGAGAUGAGCCUUACUCUAAUGAGCACAUAGUUGCAUCAAAUAAUGGAAAAGAUUGUAUACUGACUUCUUUAGGUGAUAAUAUAUACACUGCAAUCAAAUCAUAUAUUGAAGAAAAACUCAAAAAAUGUAAUCCAUUUAGUAAGCCCAAAAUACAAAAAUUUCAAAAAACAUUUUUAUCUAAAUAUGAAAGUGAAGCAAAUUCUCAAAAUAAUACAAAAAAACGUCAAAAGAAAAUAGUAUGUAAAACACUCCAUAAAUUAGGGUUGGUAGUGCCAUUUGAUAGAAAGACUGAAGUAGGUUAUCGUGAACUUAUAGAAAAUGAUGCAACACUUCAUAAAAAAUUGAAAGUUUUUUUAGAAUCUGAUUCACAAAAGGUUAUAGAUUCUGCCAUGGCAUCUAUACAGCCCAUCAUUACUGCGGUUAAUUUAGCCACUGAUGAAUGCGACUUUGGAACUGCUAUUGAGUUUGGAUUAGAUCUUUUUUGCAUUGGUUCAAAGCAUCUACAUAAUUUGGCUUUAUCAUUCUUAAGAACAGGAUAUGAUCUGGUUAAUAGGAAAGAAUUUAUUACAAUAAUUGAAGCUCAUGUAAAAGAUCGGAGAAUUGGAAAUAAUAUGAGUAUUUUAUAA